AUGCUCUCCCGUUUCACUAGAGGAUCAACCCGCCAACUGCACGCUUCUGCACGUGCCCUGGACUUCGCCAAGAUGUCAAUUGUUGGUCGUAUCGGUACAGACUUCUCCGAACAUACUACUGGUAAUGACAAGCGUUACAUAAAAUACAGUAUUGCCGCCCAACCUCGUCGUGACGGACAAACUAAUUGGUUCAACGUGACUGUCUUCAACGAACCACAGAUUAACUUCCUUACGCAGUACGUCCGUAAGGGUGCUCUCGUUUAUAUUGAGGCCGAUGCCUCCAACUAUACCUUCGAACGUGAAGACGGCUCACGUGGUAUCAGUCUGAGCUUAGUCCAACGUGAGGUUAACAUGCUACGUAAUGGGAAGGUCGUCGAUGCUGAAGCUGCUGCCGAUGACGCUACCAGCGAAGCCUCAUAG